GCCGAGUGCUGACUGCUGAGAGCCGCUCCGCGCUGCAUCGUCUCUCGCUCGCUCUCUGCGUGCUGUGUUUCCGCGUCUCUAUAAAACACUGACUCUCGAUAUAUUGUAACAAUCUAUAUAGCUAUAUAUGCAUGCCGUGUAGCUUGUAACGUAUUUUAUCAUCAUGGAUUUGUGUAUCGUGCAUGUGUGCGUGCCUCGCACUGCAGCAGGCAGCAGCAGCAGUAGCAGUAGCAGCAGUAGCAGCAGCUCCUCAUCGAAAUGAAAACUAGUUUGACACACUGCGAGAGCGGGGCUUAGUGUGCGCGACGACAAGAGAGCCUUGUGCACACACAGACACAGACGCACACACACACGCGCGUAUUCUCACCUCGUAUACGUAUAUAUAUAGAGGAGCUUGCCGUGUUUGUUACAGUGUGCAGGGAGGGUUAAGUUUUUGUGUAUACAGCUGUGUAUUACAAGGUGCCGAGAUAUAUGUAAUAGGCAUUACAUAGUUUUUUUUUUGCGCGCGCGCGGUGGUUGUGUUUGUUGUUGCUGUGCUGCUGCAUUAUCGUUCUCGAUAAGAGGCAAACAAAAUAAAAAAAAAGAAGAAAGAAGUGAAGGCGCGUGAGCAGUGUUGCUGUGCUGCCAGUGUCACAGAGAGCUGUCGUCGUCGUAUCCGCUGCUGUGUGCUGAUGUUGUGUCAACGUGUGUAUAAUCGUGGUGUGUGUGCAGUGUCGCUGUCUGUAUACAUGUGUGCUGCUACUACUGCUGCUGUUGUUGUUGUUGUACCGCGGCGCAGCGAGUAAAUGAGUCUCUAUACAGAUGUAUACAAGCAGUCGCGAGAUGCGUACGACAUAAAUGUCACUGCGACGAAUUUUGUCGACGAGUGCAGCAGCCGCGAGAAAGAAGAGGAAGCAGCAUCAGCCGCCGAAUCGGGCAGCUUCAUCGUCAUCGGCAUAGCAACCACAUCAUCGUCAUAGUCAUCAUCAUCAGCGUCGUAACACGCUCACACACACGCAACGAGACGCACAUAAUAUACAGAUAUAUUGUUAUUAAAAAUAAUCGCUCUCGCAAGGACCGACUCUCUUUUCUCUUGCAUAUAGAGCGCGAUUGUUGCGGACGCGCGAGAGGGGUCACACGCACAUACACGACAGCCGACAGCAAUAUUAUAAUAACAUAUACUUGUUGUCGUCGUGUAUGUCGCGUCGCCAGAUACAAAAGAAAGAUAUAUAGAACAAAACAACGGAAAGAUCGAUCAUGUCGUCGUUGGAGCAACAACAACACCUCCACUCGAUGAGUGGGUCGUCGGACGAGGACGAAUGGCUCGUGGACGAGCAUCCGCAGCUCCAGCAACAACAACAACGACUCCACUCAGCGUACGAGGACAUCAUACUUCCACAACUGCAGGAGCAGCUGAACAGAUUGUCACCCAUCGGCCGCGAGACAGCGUCGGCUGCGGCGGCGGUAACGACGUGCUGCGACAUCGCGACGGCGUGCGAUCACAUGUCGCCGACGACCGAAGCUGGCGCGUCGCCGGUUCAGGCCGCCGCCGCCGCCGCCGCUGCAGCUGCACCAGCCGCGGUGCCCGCCGUGCAGGUCUCGGGCGACGACAGCUCGAAGCACGAGGCCAACAAGGUCGUGAGGGUCGGCUAUUACGCUCUCGGCGAGACGAUCGGCAAGGGCAACUUCGCCAUCGUCAGGAAGGCCACGCAUAUCGUCACGGGGUCGAUGGUACCUGCAGUGGCAAUCAAAAUAAUUGACAAAACGAAACUGUCCGAGGAAAACUUGGCGAAAAUAUUUCGCGAAGUUAGUAUUAUGAAGAGGCUAAAUCACAAGCAUGUCAUUAAACUGUAUCAAGUGAUGGAAACCGAGAAAAUGAUUUAUCUCGUCACGGAGUAUGCGGAGGGAGGAGAAAUCUUCGACUAUUUAGUUAAGAACGGUAGAUUGAAAGAAAACGAAGCUCGGCGUAUUUUUUGCCAAAUAGUUCAGGCCGUAUUAUAUUUGCACAAAAACGGCUUCGUGCAUCGAGAUAUUAAGGCCGAAAAUCUUCUGCUCGAUAAAAAGGGAAAUAUGAAAAUAGCAGAUUUUGGAUUCAGUAAUGAGUAUCAGCCAGGAGUGGCUUUACGGACGUGGUGCGGUUCUCCGCCUUACGCAGCACCUGAGAUUUUUAAUGGGACAGAAUACGAUGGACCAAUGACUGAUAUUUGGAGUUUGGGAGUUGUAUUAUAUGUACUAGUUUGUGGGGCUUUACCUUUUGAUGGUGCUACUAUGCAGCUUUUACGAAAGGCUGUCUGUUCAGGGAAAUACAGAGUACCUUAUUUCAUGAGUGAAUCUUGUGAACGAUUAAUAAGAAAUAUGCUCAUGGUUGAUCCAUCGCGGAGAUUGUCUUUGCGUCAGAUAUUGGAACAUCCUUGGAUGGGAGAAAUGGGCCGUGAAGUUUUAAGACAAGAAGCCCUAAAUCAAUUGAAGGAACCACCCUUAGAUCCACCUCCUCCAAACAAGACUGUCCUUCGAGCGAUGUCAAAGUUACCAGACGUUACGGAUGAGAUGAUAAUAAGAUCGGUCAAUAGCAAGGCUUUCGACCACUUGGCCGCCAUCUAUGCCUUAUUGCUUCGCCAAUUCACCGAAGUUUCGAAAAAGAAGAAAGCUGGCAAGGAGGAGAAGAAGGCUGAGGAGGAGAACGAGGAGAUAUAUAGACCCUACACUUAUUGCACAAAAGAUGAUCCUCGACAAUGGGAGAGUUUCGGAGACGCAGACGUUCACGAAAUCGAGGAGAGAAAUGCGCUAACUCCACGAUUUUAUACUGGACCCUAUCUGGCUACUCGUCGUCACACAGUUGGACCUGGCAAUACGGGUCACAAUCUGGACAACGUAGCGAUUGCAUCCGGUUACUCUUUCACGCCGGAGGCCAAUGCUUCUUCACAGUUACAGAAAAAUUUAGUGCCUCAAACGAAUUUGGCCCUGAAUAUGCCUUUGGUGCAGAAUCAACCGCCUCAAAAUUUCCAAAUCAAGGAUCAGCAUCUGUUAAAACCACCGUCUUUCAUGCAAGGAGGCAUAAAUUCGUUCGGACGAAGAGCUUCGGAUGGAGGAGCGAAUCUACACAUUCUCUAUCAAGCACAGCAUGGCAGCGUUACCAGUAAUAACGAAGAAAUCGGAAAUUGGAGUCAGCCAGGCAGUCGAGAACAUCUCCAGCCUCCCGGCAGUCCUCAAUUCGGUAAUGGUUCAAAUGGCGAUAGCAGUGCGACAAGUACACCGAGCAGUGGGAGCGAUCGUCGUCAGCGUCGCACUGGACUUUCAACGGUCAUGCAAAGGCCAGUUUUGAAUCCUGAGGUGAUCGUCGAGGUGGAAAAGAGGAUGAACAGGCGUUAUUUGCCGAGUCAGUUGAUGAACGCUGGAUGUUCUACGCUGCCUCAGUUUCGCAAACCAAUCGGUCAUCCAGGCAUCACCGGUGGUCAACGGGACUCGUUCAAGGAGCCGUCGAGCCAUCAGCUGGCCCAAGUGGAGCGUUACUCACCGGUGCGUAGAGCAUCCGAAGGCUCGUCAGGAAUUCAGACGCCCGGCAUACAGGCGCUUCAGCAGGAGGUUCAACAAUUGCAGAAACUCAACUCGCCCUCGCACAGCAUACCUAACUCGCCCGUGCACGAGCGUAACGUCGCCGACAUUACUCAUGGUUUGAGUGGGUUAACGACGGCGCCCGUGCAGGGCAGCAUAAUGCAGGGCACGCCUGCCCAACACACGCCGAACUCCGCGCAGCCUCUGGAUCUCAGUCCGAUGCGACAUCAUCGAUCGCCGACGACGACCCCGGUCAAUUAUUCACCCAGCAACAGCCCUGCCCUGGACAUGAUUCAGGAAGAACAUCCUGGCGAUGUUUUAAGGUCUCUCUUUUCUCGCGCGACUAAGUUACGGCUCUUGGUGGUCCCGAUAUUUAUGCCACAGAAUCCACCACCACAAAUUCACGUCACCGAUGUUCUUGGUGAACAAGUGACCCUGAUCGGUAGUCCGGGUAGUCCAUCGUCGUCCGGUGACAGCUCCGAGAUUCAGCCGUUUCUGCAUCCAGGGCAGCAGCAAAAGUGUCCAAGCCCCCAACACCAGCAGCAGCUUCAAUUAUCAUCGCCGACGCAGAAUCUUUAUACGAGUCCCAUGCCGCAUUUCGUCAUAACCGAACCCAACGAGAUGGCACCGUCGAUUAUGCGCGGAACCGGCCGAAAAAGCCAACUACCACAGCAACAGCAACAAGUUCUGAGCUCUUCACCGAUGUUGACCGAAGUCGAAGUGGCACUGUCCGACGAUGCGAGUCGAUUGAAUACCGAAGAUAUUCUCGGUCGCCUCAAGAGCAUCAUCGACGCGCGUGGCAUUAUAUCCUCGAGUCAAGAGCUUGGAGAGGACAGAAGACUGAACUUGGAGUAUCCCGGUGGCGUGCAGAUCGAGCUUCGAGUAUGCAAGAGCCAGAACAGAGAUACCAAGGGUAUAAAGAUGCGGCGCAUCAGCGGCGAUCACUUGCAAUAUAGUCAAUUUUGUCAACAGUUACUGUCGUGUAUCAGUGUCUGACGCCGUUUGAUCCUGCUGCUACUGCUAGUAAGCCUCUUCCACACAAUCAUAAUUAAGAUUUUGACCAAUCUGAUAAUUACCGAAUAUUUCUUGGAGAUUAUAGAUUAAUAAGAAAGAAAGAAACACAAAAAGCUCGCGUGAUUUAAACUAAUGUGCUUUUACAAAACGUUCGAAUUUUUACGAAAGAGUACGUAUUUCACUACAAGCAUAUAUUUCAAACCGACAACUUUAAAAAUGAUUUUUAAAGCAUCGAGUGUGCGUAUGUACACGCAAGU